GGCUCCACUGCUCCAGCAUGGUCUCGUGCAUGACCUUUUGUUGGCCGUUCGGUCGGCAUGGUUACCGUGUUUGGCUGGGGUAAUCGCGGGGCUCGGGUUUACCCGAGACCACGUGAGUCACGUUUUGUUUCAUUCGCGUGAUCAUCAGCGGGAACUUGGCGUUCCUCGCUGGAUCUUGCCCCGCCUUCUCCAAUGAUAUUCGCCUCGCUAUGGCGAACCAGGGCGAGACAAACACCAUCUGCGAAUGUCGAUACGCCUCUGACGAAGAUACGCAGGGGAUGAAAGAAAGUUUCAACAACGCCUUUAAUAUUCACGAAAUCGACGAGGAGGAGAGCGAGACCGAAGAGACGAACUUGGAGGGGCCAAACUCUUCAGCUUCGGACGAAGAAGACGAAGUUGUACAGAAGACUAAGGACGACGAAUCUGUGUAUACAGGCGAGUCCUUCUGCUCCGACGAGUCCUGCGACGAUUCCGAAGUCACGAAUGUCACGUCGAGAUCGUUGAACUCUUCUUCCCUGAUUCACGUCACUGAUCUUCAGCUCAGCCAGAGUUUAGAGGAGCAGGACAUUAGCGAGUCAAGGUGGAAGGACGAUCGUCAGGAUGAAACUUGCUCGCUCAGUGACGCCUCGGAACCGCCUCGCGCUGCCACGGCGGAUAGGGACAGGUUUGCUAAGUCGAGGAGGUGCAGACGGUGGAACAUGAGCUUCACCGACGAGGAGAUGCGCAAGAUCGAGCGGGAGAACGAGUUGUUGCUGAGGAAGAUUAUGGCGCAACAGAAGCCUCGGCACAAGAUUCCUGGCGAGGAGACCGUUCAGUCCAGGACCAGCAGUUCCGCGAUAAACAGGAGGAAGUUGCAAAAGAAGAUAGAAAACGAUAAUGCGCUGCUCCUCCGGAGGAUACAACAGGCAAAGUCGUGCGUUUUCACGAGUACAUCGAGAAUGGGUUGCAGAUUGACUUUCUUGUAAAGUUUUUUUUACAAUAUUGGAAGAGAUCUUGUGCUGUAAAGAGGAAACGGGGUCAAUCGCAUCAGCCGACUAAAAUUUAAUAAACUGAUAUUCAUAGAGAGGGUAUAAAUUAUGGAGUUGUCGUUUUACCGGUUUCUAGCAUGCGUAUAAACGUGACACGUGUGCAAAUAUCAGUGCUUCUGAAAGAACUCGCGGCGUGGGCUUCAACUCCGUUAAUCUGUGAAAAAAAGUUCCUAUCUUCUCGAGUACAAAACAUUACGGUGCUCGUUUUUUUUUGUGACUUCUUUAUUAAAACACAACGAUUACCAGUCUUGAAGAAUAGGUACACAUUUCUUUCACUUCGUAUUUUGUGUAUACGGCGCAAAUCUUGUAAACUCGUCUCUUGAAAAUUUGCUUGAAGAUAUCCUCUACAAGUCAAGACUAUAAAAAAUCACAGUUCUCACUCAUGUCAAAUAACUUAAUUAUCACUCAUGGUUAAUAUCAAAAUCGGGAACUCUCGAA